AUGCUCUUAGUAAUGAUGAAGAAGAAAACAGAAGGGAAGAAAUGGGAACAGCUUACGAAAUUAGAAUAUGAUGAGAAACAGAAAAGAAAACCAAAGUUCGAUGAAAAAUCGAUGGAUGACGAUCCACAGGCUUCGCUGAUGAACAUGAUGAAGCAGAUGUAUGAAGAGGGAGAUGAUGAAAUGAAAAGGACAAUUCGAAAAGCGUGGCACGAGGGUCAAAACAAAAGAAACACUGCGGAUAUGCCAUCGUUGGCCGACAUGUAA